CUCGGUGCAGACUCCGGGAGCCGCAGAGGAAGAGGGUCUCGAGGCAGGGAUGUCUACUCUGAGCUGGUGGCGCCGCCGGGCGCCGGGUGCUGUGUGGGCACGCUAGACAUCCGCGCUCCCAGCCGGGGCGUGAGGUGAGCUCUGUCUUCUUGACCUUUCUCCACCCUUCUCAGAGACAACUGGCAAGAGGAAGAGGAACUAGGUCCAAACAAUAGGUGGCUGGGUGCAGGUGCCUGCGUUUUGACACUGUUCCUGUGGAGGGCUGCUUGGUCUGAAGUCCCAGGAAGGACCCUAUUCCCACACAGGUCCCUGAGUACUGACUGUCACAGGCUGCUGCGUCUUUCCUGUUGACUCAUGUUGGGUUCCUCCAGUGAAAAUUUUACUUAGAGAAAUGCUGCCUCCAAAGCACUUGUCUGCCACCAAACCUAAGAAGUCCUGGGCCCCAAAUCUGUAUGAGCUAGACAAUGACUUGACUAAAGAGCCGGAUGUCAUCAUAGGAGAAGGCCCAACUGACUCUGAGUUCUUUCAUCAGAGGUUUCGGAACUUAAUCUAUGUGGAAUUUGUUGGGCCUCGGAAGACCCUGAUCAAACUCCAAAACCUCUGCCUCAAUUGGUUGCAGCCGGAGACUCGCACCAAGGAGGAGAUCAUCGAACUCUUGGUCCUUGAGCAGUUCCUGACCAUCAUCCCCGAAAAGCUCAAGCCUUGGGUGCGAGCAAAAAAGCCAGAGAACUGUGAGAAACUCGUCACUCUGCUGGAGAAUUACAAGGAGAUGUACCAGCCAGAAGACGACACCAACAGUGACAUGACCAGUGACGAGGACAUGAGCCAAGAUGGGAGAGAGACACCCCCACCUCGUGCAGGCCAUUCUUUCAGCAGUGACCAGGAUCAUGACCAGGACUUGGAUAGGAGGGGCCGAAGCAGAGAUGUGGGGCCGCGAGACCGCUGGUCAUAUAGCAGGAGCCCUAGAAGCAGGCUGCCUCAACGUGAUCUUUCCCUUCCUGUGAUGGCAAAAACGAGUUUUGAAAUGGAAAGAGAUGACGACAGGGACUCAAUGGAUUAUGAGUCCCGAUCUCAGGAUGCUGAAUCAUACCAAAAUGUUGUGGACCUCGCUGAGGACAGAAAACCUCACAACACAAUCCAAGACAACAUGGAGAACUACAGGAAGCUGCUCUCGCUAGGGGUGCAGCUUGCCGAAGAUGAUGGCCACUCCCACAUGACACAGGGCCACUCCUCAAGGUCCAAGAGAAGUGCCUACCCAAGCACCAGUCGAGGUCUGAAAACUAUGCCUGAUGCCAAAAAGUCAGCCCACCGGCGGGGAAUUUGUGAAGAUGAAUCUUCCCAUGGGGUGAUAAUGGACAAAUUCAUCACAGAUGUGUCACGCAGCUCCAAAUCAGGAAGAACAAGGGAGGCAAGCGAUCAGCCGCAGAGGUUCCCCAGAACAUCAGAUGAUAACUGGAAGGACAUUUCGUUAAGCAAGAGGGAUUCAGUGAUCCAGGAGAGGGCUUGUGAAGGGAAUGCGUUCAGGGGAGGCUCUAGGUUUAACUCAGACCUUGCUUCCAGAAAGAGAGUUCUUGAAAGAAAGAGGCGCUAUCAUUUUGACACAGAUGGGAAUAACUCAACCCAUGAUCAGAGAGGCUGUGCCAGAAAGAAGCCCUUUGAAUGUAGUAGUGAAAUGAGAAAAGCUAUGAGCAUAAGCAGUCUGAGCAGCCUGAGCGCCCCCUCUUUCACUGACUCGCAGCCAGUUGUUGAUUUUGGGGAUAUGCCAUAUGUGUGUGAUGAGUGUGGGAGGUCAUUCAGUGUCAUCUCAGAGUUUGUUGAGCACCAGAUCAUGCAUACGAGGGAGAACCUCUAUGAGUAUGGCGAGUCCUUUAUCCACAGUGUGGCUGUCAGUGAGGUUCAGAAAAGUCAGGCUGGAGGGAAACAUUUUGAAUGUAAGGAGUGUGGGGAGACCUUUAAUAAGAGCGCCGCCUUGGCUGAACACCGGAAAAUUCAUGCUAGAGAAUAUCUUGUGGAAUGUAAGAAUGAGGAGUAUGAGGAGACCUUCAUGCCUAGCCCAACCUUCACUGAGCUUCAGAAAAUAUAUGGCAAAGAUAAAUUCUAUCAGUGCAGGGUGUGUAAGGAAACCUUCCUUCAUAGUUCUGCCCUGAUUGAGCACCAGAAAAUCCACUUUGGUGAUGACAAAGAUAAUGAGCGCCAGCGUGAACGGGAGCGUCAGCGUGAACGGGAACGUCAGCGUGAACGGGAGCGCCAGCGUGAACGGGAGCGCCAGCGUGUGCGCGAACGUGAACGUGAGCGCGAACGUGAACGCGAGUGUGAGCAAGCCUUUAAGCCUAACUCAACCUUCAGUGAAUUUCAGAAAAUGUAUGGUAAAGAGAAAGUCUAUGAAUGUAAAGUGUGUGGGGAGACCUUCCUUCAUAGCUCAUCCCUGAAAGAACAUCAGAAAAUCCAUGCUAGAGGAAACCCAUUUGAAAAUAAGGGUAAAGUGUGUGAGGAAACCUUUAUUCCUGGUCAGUCCCUAAAAAGGCGUCAGAAAACUUACUCUAAAGAGAAGCUCUACGACUUUGAUGAUGGCAGGGAUGCUUUUAUGCAAAGCUCAGACCUCAACGAGCAUCAUAAAACUCAUUCUCGAAAGAAACUCUUUGAAGGCAGAGGCUACGAGAAAUCUGUCAUUCAUAGUGUACCCUUCACUGAAUCUCAGAAGAGUCAUACUAUAACAAGACCACCUGAAAAUGAGGAGAAUGAGACGGCAUUCACCAUCAGCUCUAACCCUAAUAAAAACCAGAAUUUUCUCAUCAAAGAAAAUGUCUAUGAGGGGAGACCACACGAAAGAUCUGUUAUUCAUAGCUUAGCCUCUGCUGAAGCUCAGAAUAGUCACAGUGCAGUGGGGCCCUUUAAACCCAAAGUGAUUGCAGAAUCUACCAUUCAGAGCUCCGAUGUUAUUAACCAUCAGAAAGUCUGUGCUGGAGGAAAUACCUGUGAAGGAAUGGAAUACAAGAAGUCCGUUAUUCAUAGUUUGGCAGCUUCCAAACCUCUGAAAAUUCACAAUGGAAAUGAACUGGUUGAAUGUAAUGAGAAGGGAGAAUCGUCCACUUAUAUCUCAGACCUUAAUGAUAAGCAACAGAAGAUUCCUGCCAGAGAGAAGCCUUAUGAAGGGGGUAAGAAUAAUGGUCAUGAGGACUCUGUUAUCCAGAGUGUAUCUCAUGCCAAACCUCAGAAAAGUCUUACUGGAGAGGGAUCUGGUGAAUUGAAGAAGGAUGGUGAAUUCUCUGUUCCCAGCUCAAAUGUCCGUGAAUACCAGAAGGCUCGUGCUAAAAAGAAGUACAUUGAGCGUAGGGGCAAGGAAACCUCUGUAAUUCACCCUCUACCUUUUGGUGAACGAUACACAGUUCGCCCCAGAGAGAAGCUCUAUAAAUGUCAGGAGUGUGGAGAGUCCUUUGCAUAUAGCUAUGACCUCACUGAACACCAGAAGAUUCAUGAUAGAGAGAAGCCCUCUGGAAGCAGAAACUAUGAGCGUUCUGUCAUUUGCAGCUUGGCCCCUACUGAUCCUCAGACAAGUUAUGCCCAAGAGCAAUAUGCAAAAGAACAGGCAUGCAUCAAAUAUAACGAGUUCAGGCAAUGGUUUGCCACCAGCGAAGACCACAACACACAUCAGAAAAUCUAUACUCAAGAGAAGUCCCAUGAUGAGGACACCCAUGCUGAGAAGACUCAUGGUGAAGAGCCCCAUGGUGAGAAGACUCAAGAAGAGGAGACUCAUGAAGAGGAGGCCCCUGAUGAGAUGACUCAUGGCGAGGAGACCCAUGAUGAGAUGACUCAUGGCAAGACCACCCAUGGUGAGGAGGCCCAUGGUGAGAUGUAUCAUGGCGAGGAGACCCAGGACAAGGAGACCCAGGAUGAGGAGAUGGUUGAAGACUCUGUCAUUCAGGGCUCAGACCUGGAUGAAUCUCAGAAGGAAGACCCGGAUGACACAAUCUAUGAAUGUCAGGACUGUGGGCUGGGCUUUAUAGAUCUCACAGACCUCACAGACCACCAGAAAGUCCACAGCAGGAAGUGCCUUGUUGAUAGCCGUGAGUACACACAUUCUGUAAUUCACACCCAUUCUAUCAGCGACUAUCAGAGAGAAUACACUGGCGAGCAGCUGUAUGAAUGCCCAAAGUGUGGGGAAUCUUUUAUUCAUAGCUCAUUCCUUUUUGAGCAUCAGAGAAUUCAUGAACAAGACCAGUUGUAUUCCAUGAAGGCGUGCGAUGAUGGUUUUAUUGCCCUCUUGCCCACAAAGCCACGGAGGAAUCGUGCUGCAGAAAGGAAUCCUGCACUUGCUGGGUCAGCCAUCCGAUGCCUUCUGUGUGGACAAGGCUUCAUUCACAGCUCCGCCCUUAAUGAGCAUAUGAGACUUCACAGGGAAGAUGAGUUACUGGAGCAGAGCCAGAUGGUUGAGGAAGCUAUCAUUCCAGGCUUGGCCCUCACUGAGUAUCAGAGAAGCCAAACUGAAGAGAGACUCUUUGAAUGUGCAGUCUGUGGAGAAUCCUUCGUUGAGGCUGCGGAACUUGCAGAUCAUAUAAGUGUUCAUAAGAAUGAGCCCUAUGAGUAUGGGCCUUCCUAUACUCAUACCUCAUUUCUUAUUGAGCCCCUCAAAGGAGCUAUACCAUUCUAUGAGUGCAAGGAUUGUGGCAAGUCCUUUAUUCAUACCACAGUCCUCACUAAGCAUAAGGAGCUUCAUCUUGAAGAAGAAGAUGAAGAAGAAGCGGCAGCAGCUCAGGAGGUUGAAGCCAAUGUCCUUGUUCCACAAGUUUUGCGCAUUCAGGGGUCAAAUGCAGAGGCUGCUGAACCAGAGGUAGAGGCUGCUGAGCCAGAGAUGGAAGCUGCCGAGCCAGAGGUGGAGGCUGCUGAGCCUGAUGGAGAGGCUGAAGGGCCAGAUGGAGAGGCUGCAGAGCCGAGUGGAGAGGCUGAGCAACCAAAUGCAGAGGCUGAACAACCAAUUGGAGAUGCUGAUGAACCAGAUGGUGCAGGGAUCGAAGAUCCAGAAGAAAGAGCUGAAGAGCCGGAGGGAAAAGCUGAAGAGCCAGAGGGGGAUGCCGAUGAACCUGAUGGCGCAGGGAUUGAAGACCCAGAAGAAGAAGAUGAAGAAGAGAUUGAGGUGGAAGAACCAUACUAUGACUGCCAUGAAUGCACAGAAACCUUUACUUCCAGUGCUGCCUUCGGUGAGCACCUGAAAACCCAUGCCAGCAUGAUCAUCUUUGAGCCUACCAAUGCCUUUGGUGAGUGCUCAGGCUACAUUGAACGUGCCAGCACCAGCACUGGUGGUGCUGACCAGGCUGAUGAGAAGUACUUCAAAUGUGACGUCUGCGGGCAGCUCUUCAGUGACCGCCUGUCCCUUGCCAGACACCAGAACACCCAUACUGGCUGAGAGCAGGGGAGUUUAGAAAACCUUCCCCUAGGACUUGACUCUUACCAAAUUACAGAAAAUUCAGACCAACCUUUGAUAGUGCCAGUAGCAAACUUACCUUAAUAUGUACACACCUGACUUAACAUCCAACAGCUCAGACUGAGAAGAGACUGGAUGUAGAUACCUCUUCAGUAUUAGUCUCCCCGUCAGACGUCACUGUCUGCAUGGGGGACAGCCACAGCAAACACCUGACCUUUCAUCCAUAACCAGAGUGAGGGAAAAACCCGCAAAGUACUCAAGUCUACAAAGAUUACCCCAAUCAGUUGUAAAUGACACUCCUAUAAAUUAUAUAUAGUAUUUCCUGACGUGUAUAUAUAAUAGCAAAUCAUAGCAAAACAGUGAUCACAUAUAUUUGGAUUUAAUAUGAUAUUCAGUUACAGUUUGCUGUGCUGAGGUACCUUACUUGGUACUCUUUUAUUUUUCUUUUUCUGGAGGAGGGAGAGAGCAACAAAUUACAGUAUAUUUGUAAGUGUCUUAGAUCCUGAGAAAGAUUUAUUGUGCAUUAUUUGAACCCUGUCAGUAUCUUUUUGAGUAAUCAUAUUUUGUUUCUUAUUCUUAAAUAGUCUUGUGAAGGUGUAGGCAUGAAAGAUAACAUGUCUUUUACUCUUUGCUGUCUGAAAAGAGAAAUACCUUUAGCUUCUUUCUGCAGCCAUUUGGUCUGCACCAAAACUUCAGAACCUAAUGUUGUGUGAGCUUUUACAAUAUACAGAUUGGCCUCUUGUGAGCCAAAUUGAUCAAUUGCCACAUUGUAUAUACAUUGUAGUGGUUCUCGUGCACAAAUAUUACAAGUUUGGUUGUUUUUUUAAAAAACCAACUCAAUGUGUGUUUGAUAGUGAAUUCAUAAAACCUUAAGCUUUUCCCUGUAAAUCUUGUCUUUGCCUUUAAAAAAUGGGUUACAACCAUCACUAGAUCACGGUAGUGCCUAAUGAAGGUUGAGAACUGGAGGAGAGGCUCUCAUGCUGUAAAUAAGGAUGCAGGCUAACAACCUUUCAUCCCUUCCUUUGUGUGCUUCCUGCCUUAAGUGACAAGUAGCAAUGUGGCUUGGGUCCCCUGUGUGUUAGUGUGUGCUACCACAAGUCAGUUUGCACCCUGGGUGCCCAGGAGCUAAUAUCCUUAGAUCUUUUCAUUGCUAUUUUUCCUCUUCUCUAUCCCCUCUAACCCCAUGUUUAACUUGCAUUUAAAAAAUAAAAGCUUUUUUUACAGUCCAACCCAAGCUUAACAUGGACUCAGGUUCCCCAGCAGCCUUAAUUUGUUUUGUUAUCAUGUGCUCCUUCUCUUCCUGCCCUCAGUAUUUCUGAGCUGUCCAUGAGUGUCCUGUUUGUGUGAUUCCCCUUAGUUUUCCUCUUACUCCCAAGUCAAGGUUUCCCAUGUCCUGUGGACCAGCUAUGCUCUUUUGCUUCCCCUCCCCUCACAUAAUGGCUAUCUUAAGAAAUUUUUUGGCCUUGAGUUGGCUAGAAAAAAAAAUUUAAAAAUUUUAAAAAACUUUUAAAAAAGUAGAUCUGUAGAUUAAGUAAGUAAAAGAUAAGUGGAGAUCAUUAAGUACCCACUGGGGGAAAUGUGUCUGAAUCUUAACUCUCCUAGAUUGGGAUUAGGGCUCGUGGGAGUGUGUCAAAGCUGUAGGUAAUGCCAAAGUCCUGGAAUAGUGCAGAGCUAAGAACAAGAAGCUAAAUCGAACAAGCCAAAGAAAGGAGCCCUAAUACAUCAGCAGACCUAGGAGGGGGAGGAGACAGACAGAAGAAAACAACUGAGGCAGGGACUGGAAGGCCAGUUUGGUCAGAAUGAAUUGAGUGUGUCCUGGGCAGUGUGGAGGAAGGUGUUUUUUCGAUGGUGUGGUGUAGGUGAGAGAGAGCUGCAUAGGAAGGCUUGAGGUUGGAAUGGACUCAUGUAAUGCCAAAGGGCAGUGAGGCCCUGCACGAGAAGGGGAGUCUUGGGAAUUCAGCCUUGAUGCUGGGGUAAUCUUAGCUGGCUGGUUUCUGUUGGCAGUGUUCCUCAGUAGACUCUUUUCAGGGGGAAGAUUGCCAAAGUCAGGGUAUCUGUUCCAACCAUAAGUUAGUGAAAAGCUAGUAACAACUUAAAUGGCAAACAGUAGGGGCAUGAUUAAAUCAGUAUCUAUGGACUCUUAUGCAGCUGUUUAAGUGAUAAUCAUAAGUUACGUAGCCACAUGGAAAUAUAUUUACAGACUAUGUAGUGGAGAGAGCAGGACACAAAAUUAUAUUUAUACUACAAUUAUAACUGUUUAAAAAAUGUACGCUUAUAGUCAAAAGCUGUUGUGUUGUUGUUGUUGUAGGCUUAUAGUGGAGCAUUAUUUUCUUAAAUUCCUUGAUUGUUCUUUAUGGUAGUGUUACUGAUCAUGUUUUCAUUGUGAACAUAAUUUGAACUUAUUAUCAAAUACUUGGAAAAUACAGAAAAGUGGAGGAAAAAUUCAUAUCCCUACCAUCCAAAGACAGAUAUAUUCUCUAGUAUCUUAUUUACUCUUGUUUCUGUGGGCAGGUUUAUGAGUAUAACUGUGUCAAAGUGUAUAUUCAAAAUAGCUAUUAUCUUACCUUUGUGGAAUUAUGGUUAAAUACUUUCAUCUUAAUUUUUUCACAUGUUCCAUAAAGUAGUGUCCUGAUAACAAAAUGUAUUAUGUAUGUCUGUUACAAGCAUAAUACAUACCCAAAGGAAAAAUUGGAAAAUAACAAUAAAGUAGAAAAGGAAAAGAAUUCUCCCAUAUUCCCAACACCCAGCCACUACUGAUAACAUCUUGAACUAUUUCCUCCAUCCUAUUUCAGUGCACAAGCUUGUGAUUAUAACAGUGUUAAAUAUGUAUGCAUAAAGUCUAAUGUGAAAAGAAAUGUGGAAAAUAACUAAAAUAGUAUUGUCAUUGUGGGAUUAUGGUUAAAUAUUUUGUCUCGAAUUCCUUGAAUAAUCUUUCGUGUUUCGGUAAUAAUUUUAUGUAUGUAUUUUUCCAUUACAAAUAUAAUACAUACACAUAGAAAACUUUCAAAAUUCAGUAAAGUAGAAGGAGAAAAUUCACCCAUAUUCCCCACAUCCAACAACAUCUGCUAUUAGCAACAUCUUAAUCUGUGCACCAGUCAAUGAUUAUUAGAGUGUUAUGAUAAAUAUGCAUAAGUGUCAAAGAUGGGAAGAAAGCUGGAAAACAAUUAAGAAAUAGUUGUGUGGUUGUGGGAUUAUGGUUGUCUGUUUCCUUGAACGAUCUUCAUUAUAGUGUUUUGGUAGUCCACCUUUAUUACAUAUAUUUCCAUUAUAUUCUAUAUGAAAUAUGUGUUUAUUAUAGAAACUUUGAAGUUACAGAAAUGUAGAAGAGAAACUCACCCAUAUUUUCAUCGUCCAAAGACUGUGGUUAACAUCCUGAUAUAUUUUCUUCAUCUUGUUUCUGUGCACAGGUUUUUGGUUUGUUAAUAUGGUUGUGAUUGUUCUAUCUGUAAUAGUGUCAACAAUAAAAAUAAAGUUAAAAAUAAAAUAUUU